AUGAAGGGUGACAAAGUGCAGCAGAUGAAGGUAGAGGCCUCCAAUGGACAGGGUAUACCUUUGGACACUGUAGUCAGUCCAGAAGAGGACAUGACAGAAAGGGGGCAAUGGGGAAACAAGCUGGAAUUUAUUUUGUCUGUGGCUGGAGAAAUUAUCGGGCUGGGCAAUGUGUGGCGUUUCCCUUAUCUUUGUUACAAGAAUGGAGGAGGUGCUUUCUUCAUCCCGUAUCUCAUCUUCCUGUUUACUUGUGGCAUCCCUGUGUUCUUCUUGGAGACCGCGCUUGGACAAUACACAAGUGAAGGUGGUGUUACAGCCUGGAGGAAGAUCUGCCCUUUAUUUGAAGGAGUUGGUUAUGCCACUCAGGUGAUUGUGGCCCUGCUGAACAUAUACUACAUUAUCGUGUUAGCCUGGGCCAUCUUUUAUCUGUCCAACUCAUUCACCUGGGACCUGCCGUGGGCCUCCUGCAAAAACACCUGGAACACGGGUUCCUGUGUGACGUUUCAGAGAAGGAACAGCUCCAUUACUCCCUACGAGAAUGCUACCUCCCCGGUCAUGGAAUUCUGGGAACGCAGGGUGCUUAGAAUUUCGUCAGGGAUCGAUCAAAUUGGUUCUUUAAACUGGGACUUGGUGAUCUGUCUGGCCAUUGCCUGGGUCAUCUGCUACUUCUGCAUUUGGAAAGGAGUCAAAUCCACUGGCAAGGUGGUUUACUUCACAGCCACGUUCCCAUAUAUGAUGUUAGUGAUCCUGCUGAUUCGAGGGGUCACCUUGCCAGGAGCAUCCAGGGGGAUCUACUUCUACCUCUACCCUGAUGUGGGGCGUCUUUCUGACCCACAGGUUUGGAUGGAUGCUGGCACUCAGAUCUUCUUCUCCUAUGCCAUUUGCCUGGGCUGUCUUACUGCACUGGGAAGUUAUAACAAAUAUAACAACAACUGCUACAGGGACUGUUUGUCUCUGUGCUUCCUGAACAGCGGCACCAGUUUUGUGGCAGGCUUUGCCAUUUUCUCUAUUUUGGGAUUCAUGUCUUAUGAACAGAACGUUCCAAUCUCAGAGGUGGCAGAAUCUGGUCCAGGUUUAGCAUUCAUCGCGUAUCCACGUGCUGUGUCCAUGAUGCCUUUCUCUCCUCUGUGGGCCUGUUGCUUCUUCGUCAUGAUUGUCUUUUUGGGACUGGAUAGUCAAUUCGUGUGUGUGGAAAGCCUGGUGACGGCCAUGGUGGACAUGUAUCCGUCCACUUUCCGACGCAAACACCGCAGGGAGCUUUUUAUCCUGGUUGUGGCUGUUCUUUCCUUUCUUAUGGGACUGAUUUUGCUCACUGAGGGAGGAAUGUACGUUUUCCAGCUUUUUGACUAUUACGCAGCCAGCGGGAUGUGUCUACUCUUUGUAGCCAUUUUUGAGACAGUUUGCAUUGCGUGGGUUUAUGGUGCAGACAAGUUCUAUGACAACAUAGAAGACAUGAUUGGUUAUCGUCCAGGCCCUGUUAUUAAAUAUUGCUGGCUGUUUUUCACCCCUGCCACCUGCUUUGGUACCUUUGCCUUUGCCUUGAUUAAAUACACCCCAUUAAAAUACAACAAUGAAUACGUGUACCCUUGGUGGGGCUACGGAAUUGGCUGGAUCCUCGCCCUGUCUUCCAUGCUGUGUAUUCCGCUUUGGGUGGCAAUUAAACUUUAUUAUACCCCUGGGACACUACGACAGCGCCUCGUUCUCUUGACCACCCCUGCCGAUGAUUUGCCCCAGUGUGAACGCAAACGGGAGGAUUUUAUAUCUGAUGACCUCUAUCAGAAGACGCCUCUGAGCAAGGAAGGCUACUCGCCCGUCCACCAACUGGAGUCCCAUUGCUAG